CGGACGGACAGUGUUUACUACUGCUGGCUAUAUUUAGUAUACAUAUAUCCCGAAUACGCUAGUUUGAGAAUACCUAUUUAUAAAUACGUUAUAGUAUAUCACUAUACGCUACAUAUUAGCCAAACACAUAGGUAGCGAGCUACUUUGACACAUUUCACAGAUACGGGUCAAAAUGCUCCGAUCAAACGGCCAGAGAGCAGCUCGAGUGUUGCGGUUGAGUUCAAGGUCAUCCCAAACACAUGCAGCAGGCGACCACCUAAACAUCCACAACCCUACGUUCCAGAUUUACGGGGCGAAUACUGAUGUGGGUAAAACAAUCGUCUCCGCGGGACUGCUGAGAGCCCAUUUGAGAGCGAAGGCAAAGAACGGCACAAACCUGUCCGAAUGCCGCACAGCAUAUGUCAAGCCCUUGCAGACGGGCAGUAUACAUGACGAAACAUUCAUUGCUGAGAAUGAUGUUCUACUCAUCUCACGCCAGUUGGCAAGUCAAUUUGGACAAGUAUUGGACAAGUGCACCGUAAAACAAUCCUUUGUUUUCUUUUUGAACAGAAGGGAUUAUGUAUACAUCAGUUCCCAGUCAAUUGGGUCAAGUGCACCGGAAAACACUCCAUUUCUGGGACAUCCCCGCGUCUCCUCACAUCUCCGCCAGGGCCGAGAACAGAGUGAUCGCAGAUAACGAUGUAAUUACUGGUGUGAAGUCUGCGCUGGCCGCGUUGCCAUGGUUACGGGAACAGCCCGCCAAAAUCAGUGGUUCGGAUACCGAACUGUCUUCCAUGACUCUGGUUGAGACAGCCGGGGGAGUGCUGUCACCUUCAGCCACCAUCAGACCACAGGCAGACGUCUACAGACCUUUGCGACUGCCAGUUGUCUUGAUAGGCGACCCAAAGCUCGGGGGUAUCUCAUCAACACUCUCUGCGUAUGAAUCGCUGAUUGUGAGAGGAUACGAUGUGGUUGCAUUGGCCGUGCUAGACGACACCACCAAUUCCGAUGCACUCACUGAGAUAAUGCGGGACGUCUACCCAGCACACACGCCGCUGAGUGGCACCCAGCCUCUGAACAUUGUCAGGCUCCCAGAGAUCCCCCCGCCCGAAGUGACUGAUCUGUCCUCGUGGUACGCCACACCCGAGCACGAGGCAAUGUUCGAUUCACUGUACCGGACGGUGUGCGCGUGGCAGGCCGACCACGUGCGCGAGGUGACGUCACUGCAGUCGCGUGGUGAAGGGGUGCUGUGGUGGCCGUUCACACAGCACCAGAGUGUGGGGGGCACGGACGGGUCGCCUGUGACGCACAUCGACUCGGCACUGGACGAUGACUUCCAUGUGGUGGAAAAGAACGGGGAUGUGGUGCCGUUGUUCGACAGUUGCGCUAGUUGGUGGACCCAGGGAGUUGGUCACGGAAACGUUUCCAUGGCAACCAGUCUCGCCUAUGCCGCCGGUAGGUACGGCCACGUCAUCUUCCCCGAGAAUGUGCACACCCUGGCGGUGCAGGCUUCCGAAGAGAUUCUCAAGGCGGUGGGUGGCAAGUGGGGCGAGCGUGUGUUCUUCACAGACAACGGGUCAACGGCGGUGGAGGUCGCUGUGAAGAUGGCUUUCAAGAAGUACAUCAGCACAGCCACGCAGAAAAAUGCAGAAUUCGAUACAAAGACCAUCCCCAAGCUUCGCAUAAUGGCGCAGUCCAACUGUUACCAUGGUGAUACACUUGGAGUAAUGAACGUUGCCGAACCUUCCGUGUUUACUGAAGGCCAGCACCCCUGGUUUGAGUGCAAGGCGCUGAGUGUGGACACUCCCACUAUCGAGUGUGUGAAUGGGAAGUACCAUGUAACCCUACCGAAAAGUAUAUCUGGGGCUGAUGAUGCCACUGUUGCCAUCAAGGCAAGAGAGGAUGUGUUCAGUCUGGACAGAGACAACACACCAUUGUACAAGCAGUAUACCACCCAUAUUACUGACAUGCUAGACCAAGCACACGCCGAUCGCAACACACGGGGCGAUGUGGGUGCCCUGAUGGUGGAACCAGUAUUAUUAGGUGCCGGGGGUAUGAUGUGGAUCGAUCCGCUAUUCCAGCGAGCCAUGAUUCGUGUGUGUCGACAGCGGGACAUCCCUGUGAUCUUUGAUGAGGUGUUCGCAGGCUUUUGGCGCUUGGGUUGUGCUUCUACCACACAGUUGCUGGGUGUGGAUCCCGACAUCUCCUGCUAUGCUAAGCUGCUCACAGGCGGAGUGAUACCAAUGUCAGUGACUGUGGCCUCGGCGGAUGUCUUCGAUUCUUUCUUGGGCGACGCAAAAGCGGAUGCACUUCUGCACGGCCACUCGUACACAGCACACCCCAUGGGUUGUGCCUCAGUACUUACUGCGUUGCAACAGUACAAGGCGAGUCCUAACUUCGAUCAACAGACCCAAACACUCGCCGAGUCCUGGGAUAUUGCUGAGGUUGAGAAGCUGUCUGGACAUAGAGCCGUACAUCACGCUUUCAGUCUAGGCACAGUGUGUGUAGUGGCGCUCAAGUCGAACGAAGUAGGGUACUCGUCGACCGCUGGCAAGCGUGUGGUGACGAAGCUGCGACAAGAGGGGGUAUUUGCCAGACCUUUGGGCAAUGUGGUGUAUCUUAUGUGUGCACCUGUGACGCCCAAGGACAAGUGCACCGAAUGGCUCAAGACACUCAACCGUAUCCUUGAGAGCGAGUGAGGCGCUUGUAGAGUGUAUAUAGUAUAGAUAUAUAUAUAUACAUAUAUAUAUGGGUUAGCUAGAUGGAGUGUGGAUAUGCGAUACGCUCGGACAUCAUACCCGGGAAUGAGCACUCUCUCCCCUGACGCAUAGACUUACCCGAAAAAAUAUGUCUUAUCUGCCUAUCUUACCUUAAAUUACAAGUAGAAUUCAUGGACAAGUAGGUAUUCUGUGUUACAUCCCUCUCGGCCACCCAGGUGCACCGAGUGUCGUCAGAGAACCCUCGGGAGAUAUCGCCUACCACUAUUCUAUUCGGCAAAAAUCUACCCUACGAGGGUAUCAAUCUGUCUACCUUUGGAGAGGAACACGAAGUAUAGAAAAAAAUCUAACAGGGGUGUGGUUGGGGUUAGUGUGCACAGAAGAUUAUGACUAGUCAGUAUGAAGGUAUAAAAUGUUAUCUUCAGCUAGCACUUGAGAAAGGGUUGGAGUGCAGGAUAAGUAGUGGCAAGAGGGAUCUCUAUCUAGAACAAGAAUGAUGAGCAGUCGUGUACACGAAUGUAAAUAAAAAUAUCUAAAUACUA